AUGUCGGAAAAGUCGUCGGUUUAUCCGGCUCUUGAAGAAUUGUCUUCGCCACUUCUGAAUCAACAGCUUCAGAUCCUCAAGAAUCAGGUUGAAGCAGAACAACCUGAGGUUUCGCCACAGACCACCUUCAACUACGCUUGGGGACUCAUCAAGUCGUCAAAUCACAAACAUCAAGAAGAAGGUGUUCGUUUGUUGACCGGAGUGUUCAGAGACGUGCCUUCUAUGAGAAGAGAGUGCCUAUACUACUUGAGUCUCGGUUCGUACAAGAUAGGCGAUUAUACCAAUGCAAGAAGGUAUGUUGAUACAUUACUUGAUGCCGAACCAGAAAAUAGCCAAGCGAGGGCUUUGAAAGUAACAAUUGACGAUCAGGUGACCAAAGAGGGUCUUAUUGGGCUUGGUAUCGUUGGUGGAGCCAUUGCUGCCAUCGGAUUAGGUAUCAUGGGUGCCAUGAUGAGAAAGAAACGUUAG